AGUAUCUUGUAUUCACUUAGUUCAGUAGUUACUGAUCCAUAGCUACUUCCCGACUUUCGCAAGAAUAAAAUGCUCCCUAUUUUCAUCUUAUUUUAGAAAAUUGCCAGUUCAGCAGUUGCAACGUAUUGAGAUACAGUAGGCACUUUGUGGCAUGCUUGUCUGCGGUAGGCGAAAGUGGCGCACUAUCAUUAUUUUUCUGGUUAUAAUAUCUGCAUUAUGUAUAUUUCCCCUGUACUCUGGAAUAUUGCAUGAAGAAUCUACAGAUUCACACAUUGCCAAACAGAAUGAAGUGUUUGUGGAUGUUCCCUCAAUUACAAGUCCAGAUAUUGGAAGACACUUCAACCCAAAGUUGCUAGCAGGUUUAAUGGCUGAUAUAAAAUCAAAUAAGUCCAAUAAUGUAAUAAAUCAUCAAAAAGUACUAAUGGAUGUUGACAGAGAUGUUGUCAACUACAAUGUUCAUGCUUUUUAUUAUGCAUGGUAUGGUAAUCCAGGACAAGAUGGGGAAUAUUUUCAUUGGAAUCAUGAAUACCUUCCACAUUGGGAGAAAAAGAUAUCUGAUAAAUAUCCAACUGGACAAGCUCACAUUCCACCUGAUGAUAUUGGUUCGUCUUAUUAUCCUCUACUGGGCCCUUAUAGUUCUUCGGAUGAAACUGUAACAAGAUCUCACAUGAUACAGAUGCAACAGGCCGGAAUUGGUGUUUUAGCUCUUUCUUGGUAUCCACCUGGGUUGGCUGAUGAUCAUGGAAAACCAAUUGAACAUUACAUUCCAACUUUAUUUGAUAUUGCAGAUCAAUAUAAUAUAAAGGUGUGCUUUCAUAUUGAACCUUAUAAAGACAGAAGUCCCGAGAGUGUGAAAGAAAAUUUAAAAUAUAUAAUAGAGACGUAUGGGGACCACCCCGCAUUUUACCGGACUUCCACUUCCGAAGGCAGUAGAAAACUACCACUAGUUUACGUUUAUGAUUCUUAUCUUAUCCCUGCUAAUCAAUGGAGUAAAAUACUGAAGAAGAGGGGUGAAAUAUCUAUAAGGGGAUCUGUUUUUGAUGCUGUAGUUAUUGGACUCCUAGUUGAGAAAAAACACAUCUGGGAGUUAUCUAGUGCCGGAUUUGAUGGUUUUUACACUUAUUUUGCUGCUGAAAAGUUCUCGUAUGGUUCCACAAGAAGAUAUUGGCGAGAAAUUGAAUCAUUUGCUAUUGAAAACAAAAUGAUAUUUAUCCCCAGCAUUGGACCAGGAUAUGAUGAUACAAGUGUUAGGCCUUGGAAUAACAUAAAUUCCAGAAAAAGAAAUGAUGGGGCGUAUUAUGAAACUGGAUGGCACAAAGCAACCACAUUGUCUACCGUAAAUAUUGUCUCCAUCACAUCAUUCAAUGAGUGGCAUGAAGGAACACAAAUUGAGCCAGCUUCCCCUCAAUCAAGACAUGGAAAAUCUGUUUAUCUUACUUAUGAACCACGUGAUCCAGAUUAUUAUUUAAAAUUAACUAAGAAAUGGUCAAUGAAAAUGUUAAAUGCAAGUCGUGAUGUUACUUGAUUGGGGUUGUAGGAUUGUGCUUGGCGAACUUCUAGCACUGGUGUUUUUUUUGUUUGGUUCUGGUAUUUUCAGUUUUAAUAUUUUAGUUUUCACUUUGAAUUGAAUUUUAAUCGGACACUUCCGAGAUAUUGUACAGUUGCUGAUUUUAUUUUGAUGUGGUACAAAAAAUGCAGUUUAUAAUAAUGUAAUGUUUCAGUAUUGCAGUUUUAUAUAGAUUGAUACAUAAGUUCUACUUAAACUAAGGAAAGCAUUGUUGAACAGUUCACUAGAUCAAGUUUAUACCAGCUUUUCAUUUGAAAUUUUCUAAAUCGAAAAUGUAGUUAUUUUUUUUAAAAGUAAAUGGCUAUUUCCAGUUAUUUUAUCAGGUAUGUAUAGUAUUGACUUGAGUUCCAAGGCUCAUAGUAUUGACUUGUGUUCGAAGGCUCAUGCCAACCAAUUUUUAUUUGUUCCACUGUUGAGGCAAUAAUUUUAUAUGAAUCACUUUGUGAGUACUGGUCGACUCAUCUGUAAUUUUUAAGCUUGGGGUAGGAGCCUGAUAACUUGCUUUGAGCAAACCCUGUAUAAGAUGUCAAUAAUUUUAUUAUAAUAAGUUUCAACUACAUUAAAAAUAAUUGGGUAUCAGACUGGGUCAAAAAUCCAAACUUGAAGAUCAAGGUGAAUAUACUUAUAUGAUUUGUGAUAAUACCCAAUGUGAUAUUUUUCUACCCGAUACUUUCUAUCCAAAUAAUAUAUUUUCACACAAUCACAAAAGAAUAUGCAUGCACUUCCGUAACCACUGUAUUAUUGGAAAUUGUUUGCAUUUGAAAUUCAAUAUUUAAUGAAUGUUUUUAAUUUUAUGCAUUGUGCCAAAUAGAAAUUUUUGUGAAAAAGAGCGUAUCGGUAAUAGAUGUUUUGUGUUACUAAACACAAGUUGGUAUGUGUAAUCCGUGUGGUUUUCAAUUUGCUCAAAAUAAUAAAGAUUUUAUCUGAUGUUAAGAAAUAUCCGACUCUGUAAAGGGUGGCAUCACCCAGAACAAAGCAUGACUAUUAUUUUGUAAGACGAUGUCAUUAAAAAUGGUUCUAGAUUUAUCCUAAAUCACUGCAAUGCAUGAGGCAAUCAUUUAUUAUUUUUUUUUGAUAAAUUUCUGAUAUAUGCAGCCAAUGCAGAUGCAAGUAUAAACAAUAUUCUCAGAUGAUCUACAUUUCUUGUUUCUGCUGUAUGUACUUUUUCUGCCUUGUUGUAUCAACUUUCAGAGGCUUGAUGCAAUGUUCCACUGCUUUUUAUGACCAAGACAUACCGUAAUGAACAUUUUUAUGCUCAGUUAUAUUUUAAAUUUAAGCCAUUAUGGCAAUGACAUCUUGAAUGAAAAUUGCUCAUGCUAUUUGGCAUCAGGUUUUUGGGAUUUUAAUUUUCAAGAAGGAAUGAGUGUUGAAGAGGCAAAAACUUCUAUAAAAGAACCAGCUGCAGAAUCUUCUGAUCAACAACCACAUGAUUGUGAAGAAUGUGAGAUCAAAAUGGAUGAGACAGACAACAAAAGUUUUUGGGAAGC